UCAUUGAAGGGUUGAUGACAGAGCUUCGCCAGGACUUGUACUUGCUUUGUUUUGUCUCUGUUCAAGAAGCCUCUAAUGAUUGUGCAGCAGAGUUUUGGUCAUUUAUUUCUUUUUGAAUUUGCAAUAGUCAUGUUAAUUGUAUCAAGGUUUCUUCUUUCUGUUGUUUAUUGUGUGCUAUUCAUAGUUUUAUACCAAUUAUCGCACAUCAUUGGUCAUGAAUCUUUGCAACCUUUGAGUUGGAUUUUUCUGAUUACAUCAAGUGCUUAUUCAGAAAAUGGCAAUUGUCCUUUACACAAAGAGUCCGACUGGAAAGAAGCUGGAUAUCAUGACAGGCCAAUUUUUUGGUGUUACACUCCAAAUAACACGGUGCUUCCAGUUUUUGAUUGUGUACUGACAUUGAGAGGGACAAGGGAUUCUUUUGGCAGAGGAGUUGAAGGGUUAGAAGCAGUUAGGUGCACAAAUGGCAAGGAAGGUGCACAUCACCGCAUUGGUUACUGAAAAGGAGUAUGGAUACAUGUGAAAAAACAAAUAAAGGAAAUUUGUACUGGAUAAUUUGUCUUUGUGCCAAAAUCAUGAGUUGCUUAGGUGAAAUACAAAUCUGUUUUUAUUA